CAGUAGUUAACCUCUUAUAUUUAAAUCUGUAAAGUAAUAAAUUAUGAAAUUGGUUGUAAUAUUGCAGUUCAGUUAAACUUGGCUUAUAUGUAAUCCCUCUAAAUUUGACCAUUAUUUUUUACCUGCAAUUAUGCCAUUCAAAAAGUGCCAAAUGGUUUUCGCUUGAUCGAAGCUCUGCCGUACUUCAUAAUGUAAACAAACAUGGCUCAAACAAGGGAUUCUUAAUUAUCAAAUUCAAUAAAGAGAAGCGUUUGGUAGCAAUGCGCACCAGUUACAAGAAAAACAGACCUUUCGACUUCAAGCUAAUUGAUCUGGUGGAACCAAAUCCGGUGCUCUACAAGAGAUCAGGGCUCUCGAACUACGAUGCCAUGAAGGCGAAAACUGAUAUUUGGGCUCGCAUAGCCGAGAUGAUGGGUUGUGAUGUGGACUUCUGCCUGAUGCGCUGGAACAAUCUGCACUAUCAGUUUCGCAAGGAGUUUCGCCGAGCGGACACCAGUGGUUCCACCUGGCCGUACUUGGAACGCCUACGAUUUCUGGCCGAGAUCCAGCCGCCCUCCAAAACUAGAAACAAACCCAAAGUAAGGGACUCCACGGGCAAACAAGAGGCGAUCAUCCAGACAGAAACCCCUGUGCAGUUCUUGUGGGAGACCUAUGAGGAUGGGGAUGUGCCACAACAGUCCAGCACGUUUAUCAUCGAGGAGGUCAUCGAGGAGCCCAGCGAACAGAUCAUCCAGGAGGAAAUCAUCUAUGAGGAACAAGAGCCAGCUGAGAUACUCUCCCCCAGAAGCAGCUUUCUCCAGAUGGACCAAGUACUGGCGCAACUAAAAGAACCGCACAGGAGACGGGCAGAGCGGAGGAUUACAGCAUUUCUGCUCAAGUGCCAGCUGCGUGCCUUGAGUAAUCAGUCCGUGGAGGACCUGAGCAUUUAGCUUUCCGUUUACAUACUCACAACUUUAUUUAAAAAACAGAAUAUAACUAAGAUUAAACCUUGCACUUGUCCAAAUCCAA